AGGAGAGAGAGAGAGAGAGAGAGAGAGAGAGAGAGAGAGAGAGAGAGAGAGAGAGAGAGAGAGAAUUCUAUUGUGUGUUGCUGGUGGGUGACAAAGGUUAAGUGCGGGGGGACUUGGAGGGAGGGGGGGGGAAGACGAAUGAGCAUGCUAUUUUCCGGGUCGUUGAGGAGAUUGGGCGCGGGAGUGUGUCGACUGAGGGUAUCAACGGGAUGGGUGGGAAAUGGGAUGGUGAGCGCCGCAACAUGUCGGGGCGAAGGAGGAGGAGGGCGAGGGGGAGGGGUUCCUAACUGUCCAUCCAUGAUCGGUGCGUUGGCACGUGGCGCGCGUGGAUAUAACCUUGUGCCGAUGGUUAUCGAGCAAACCCCGAGGGGAGAGAGAGUGUUCGACAUUUUUUCGCGCUUGCUCAAGGAGAGGAUCGUGUGCGUGAAUGGGCCAAUAACCGACGACUCCGCGUCGCUCAUCGUCGCACAACUGCUCUUCCUCGAGUCGGAACAACCCGAUAAACCGAUUUACAUGUACAUAAACUCGCCGGGUGGGGUUGUGACGGCUGGGCUGGCAAUCUAUGACACUAUGCAGUACAUUCAGAGUCCGGUGAGUACACUCUGUGUCGGCCAAGCUGCAUCGAUGGCAUCACUGUUGCUGGCAGCAGGCCACCCAGGCGAGAGACGAUCACUCCCUAAUGCGAGGGUGAUGAUUCAUCAACCAUCGGGCGGUGCCUCUGGGCAGGCUAGUGACAUUGCCAUUCAUGCGAGGGAAAUAUUGGACAUGCGGUCUAGGCUGAAUGCUCUUUAUGUGCGCCAUACGUCUUGUGACCUCGCCAGGAUAGAGCCUCUACCUCGCAUAGACGACCUAUUGGAUAGGGUGCAGGGAUGUAAGUACUAUAGCAAGAUAAACUUAAAAUUCGGCUACCAUCAGAUCGCAAUAAGACCUGAGGAUCAGCACAAGACUGCUUUUCAUACCAGAUACGGUUUGUAUGAGUUUGUAGUGAUGCCCUUUGGCCUUUGCAAUGCGCCGGGUACAUUCCAGCAUGCCAUGAAUAGGAUCUUCCAAUACCAUUGAUGUCCAAUCACUUUGAUAGUAAUUGCAGGAUCUACUACCUCAUCCAUGGAAUAUAAUAGAGCAAAUGAUGGUAUUGCAAUGAACAUUAGUAUAAUACUAGGAAAAAUAGUCCAAAUAUAUAUAUAUAUCCAGCCUCCUGAUGAGUCGGUGAAUCUCCGACGAAACAGUUUGUUACAGCCCCUCAUUUGUUGUCCUCUUCUCCCUCUUGUCCCUCUCUGCCUACGGUUUGCCCGGCAGCUCUGUUUGACUAUACAUACAUAUCUCAUCAGACUCUAAAGCAUCAACCAAUGCCCUCGCUGCCUUUUUUUCAAAGUGAGGGACCCUGAUCUCUCUCGAGCUCUGUCUCUGUCUCUCUCUCUCUCUCUCUCUCUCUCUCUCUCUCUCUCUCUCUCAAACACACACAUGCACACACCGCAACACUCACAUAAGCACAGAAUCAGAGUUCAGUUGUGCAUGCUUGAUACUAUGGUUGUACCAUUUUGGUAUCAGAUUUUUUUCUUUGUUUGCCGAUGGCAUAUCUGAACUUCUGACGCUGUUGGAAUUGAAAUGCAUGUAUAGGUUAAGUCCCCAUCCU